CGCACGCGCACUGUAGCAAGUGGUUGCCAUCCGCAUUUGACACCGCGUGCUCUACAUUUGGGCUUUAACAACAAAGUCGCUGAGGUGCGCGGCCCGUCACCACAGCAACAAUUGGACCGGACAAGUCGACUGCACCAAAUCCAAGAUACAGCGGUGUCUGCGUUAACCCCCCCUGCCAGAAGGACAUAGCCUACCAAAACCGCAAUUUGCGACAAGAAGAACGGUGUUGCUCGUAUCCUUCAGGUAAUCGGAGCACAGUCAGAAACCCGAAACGAUGUCAUUGUAUCCGUCACUUGAGGACAUGAAGGUGGAUAAAUUCAUGCAGGACAUUGCGCAGGCGCAAAAUGCGCUCUCCGCGAGCCCCUCCAGAGCAAUAGCUUUACCAGAGCCAGGCCCCGCCCAGGAGGAGAAGGCCAUUGGGUUUGGGGACACAGUUCCUGAAGGACUUUACCCAAGGUUGUAUCCUGAGUUGAGUGAAUUUAUGGGCUUGAAUUUGAGUGAAGAUGCUUUGCAGCAGGUCCUCUCUCUCCCCUCCUCGGACCAGUCUAGUGGGGUUGUGAGUGUCAUGUCAUCUGGUCCAGUCUGGGCGAGUGCUCCUAUAACAGGGGGUGACGUAGGCAUCCGUCGAGCAGAGAUCCGGCAGGGUGUGAGAGAAGUGGUACUGUGCAAAGACAAUGACGGCAAGAUUGGCCUCCGUUUGAAAGCUAUAGAUAAUGGUGUUUUUGUACAGCUUGUGCAGGCCAACACGCCGGCAGCACUGGCAGGUUUGCGUUUUGGAGAUCAGUUGCUGCAGAUUAAUGGAGAGUCCUGUGCCGGGUGGAAUAGCGACAAAGCUCACAAAGCGCUAAAGAAUGCUAACGCAGAGAGGAUCACGCUUGCUGUUCGAGACAGGCCUCUGGAGCGCUCAGUUACCCUUCAUAAGGACCUGAAUGGCCAACUAGGGUUUUUAUUUAAAAAGAGUCGUAUCACUGCCAUAGUGAAGGACAGCUCUGCUGCGAGAAAUGGUCUCCUUACCGACCAACAAAUUUGUGAGAUCAAUGGACAAAAUGUCAUUGGCCUCAAGGACUCUCAAGUCUCUGACAUCUUGAAUUCAUCAGGAAGCGUUGUCACAGUUACUGUGAUGCCAUUAGUCAUAUAUGAGCACAUGAUGAAGAGGAUGUCCACCAGUAUUGUGAAGUCCCUAAUGGAUCACUCUAUCCCAGAGGUCUAAUGGUGUUCGUUGCUGAUGGAAGCCAGUGCUGUUUAAAUUCCACCAGAUGGCACACACACAUACACACACACACACACACACACACUUGCUUUUGAUUCAGAAGAUGUGAAGGGACACCAGUAGUGUAUGUGAGAGUCGUGUGAACAAGACAGAAAGGGAAAAUAGAGUGAGAGCACGAAUAAUAAAGAUAAAAAGAGAGAGAGAGAGUAUUUACUGAAACGUCUUCCUUUAGACUUGGUUUAUUUGUUAAGUUUAUUUAUUUAUUUAUUUGUCCAUUUAUUUAGUACUUGAUCUAUUCCAUAUGUUCUUAUAUGGUGUUGGCAAUAUUACUCAGGCUUCAUAUUAACUACAUGCCCAUAUUUAAAAUGUUAGGUUAACCUGAUGGAAACCAGGUACCAUACAUUCAGUAAUGUUAGCUGAAAAUAAAAAAUAAAAAUAAAGAUACAUUGACUUUGGAAGCCAUUUUAGAACUAUGCAGGGAGAAAUGACAAAUCUCAGAAUAUUACAGUUCAUUAUUUUUAAAACCAUAAUGUGUGCGAGUUAUGUGUGAACUUGAAUUUUUCUGUUUAUUAUUGAUUUUUUUGCAUAAGUUAUAUGUGAGUAUUUUGUAGUUGGGAAUGUGUUUAGCUUUUGUUCUCUUUGUGAUUCAAGGGAAGCACUUGACGUUAAAAAGCUCAUUAACUGUCCCCCAGACUGUCCUUCAAAUGUGCACCUAAAACAUUCUGAGGUAGGUAAAACAUUGUGUCCAAAGAUAUUUCAAUAAUUUGUUUGUUUUAUAAAUUAAUUCAGUGCAAUUAAAAUAAAUGUUAAUGUUAUCUUACAUGUCCUCAACUGUAAACAGUGCUGUGUAAGUCUGUAGUGUGUCUUUAGUAGUCUGUAAAUAUGACACUA